AUGUCGAAUUGGGAUCAGGAUGAAUUCAUGUCCCAGUGGGACAAAAAAUACGUCUCAACCAACGUGAAGACCGGGUCUCGACCAUAUGAUAAAGAAGUCUUCCUAAAACUCGACAAGGACCUGGCCUCAUAUCCCGAUCUACAUCGCAUUGCCCAUGCUAUCAUGGCUGCCGCGUUCUGUGCGGUAGGACGUGCAGAUGUUGUUGGAAGGUUCUUUGAUGACACUACGGCCACAGCCACGCCAGAUGAUUCAGAAGCAAUCUUCCUACGUCUUCGAGAAGCCAUCACCAUCAUCUUCCCUUACGUGGGUAUGCCGACCUGUAUACCGGCCUGCUACGGAAUGAUCGGCGUGGUCCAACGCAAAGGUCAAGCAUUUGCCUCUACAAGAGUGCUACGGAAGCCCAUCGUCACCGAACAGGACGCACAAAAAGGAAACGAACUCCGCUCAAGGAUCUAUAGCGGAGUGGGAAACUCGGAGAUUUUCGGGCUCAUGGAGAAAUAUUUCACGGAUUUAUUUACUUGUUCGACCGUGGUGACAUGGGGCUAUCUGAUCGCGAAGGCGAACGAGGAGGUCUUUCACCCCCAGGAGUCCCACCUGAUUGUGGCCACGGCCAUCAUGGCUUUGGGAGCAACACGCCAGGCCAAAAGUCAUAUCAAGGCCACGCUGGGCAUCGGCAACUCCAUCCCGUCGGUCAAAGCUGUGGUCGAAGUCGUCUCUGAAGUCGCUAGAUGGGCCGACCGUCCUCAUAUUGGACCUUUUCACGUUGAUGAGCUUGCGAGUGAGAUUCAGCGUGCGUUGAGGGGUUAG